AUGAGCAUCAACAAAAAGGAAGUUGAAACUUUCUUGGAUAGCAAUCCAGAUUUUGCCAAGCAGUAUUUCGAGAAGAAACUGGAGGACAGAGUCUUCUGUCCCAAGAUGAACGGUGAACUGUCCUCUGAAGAUAGCAUAGGUUUUGAGGGAAUGGACCCUGUAGAAACAGAAACUCUUUUUGAGCUGAUACAAGACAUGCAGGAGAGCAUCAACAUGGAGAAGGUGGUUUUCAAGACCCUCAAAAGAAUCAGUGCUCUCAUCAAUGCUGCGUGGUGCAGUCUGUUUAUGUACAGGCAGCGAAAUGGCACUCCAGAGCUGGCUAGCCGGCUGUUCAAUGUCCAUAAGGACAGCACCUUGGAAGAAUGUCUGGUGACCUCUGACUGUGAAAUUGUUUUUCCACUGGACACAGGUGUAUUGGGCCAUGUUGCUCAGACCAAGAAGACCAUAAACAUCCAGAAUGCUCUUGAGUGCCAACAGUUUAGUACAUUUGUUGAUGAACUCACUGGGUCUACUACAAAGAAUAUUCUUGCCACACCAAUAAUGAAUGGCAAAGAUGUGGUUGCUGUGAUCAUGGCAGUGAAUAAGAUCGGAGGUCCUUUUUUCACCAGUGCAGAUGAAAAUGUAUUCCUGAAGUAUCUCAAUUUUGCCUCUUUGAACCUGAAAAUUUAUCAUCUGAGCUACCUUCAUAAUUGCGAAACACGAAAAGGUCAGGAAAUUGCCUUUUAUAAGGUCAUUGAUUAUAUUUUACAUGGAAAGGAAGAAAUUAAAGUUAUCCCAAAUCCCAAGGAAGAUCACUGGGCACUGAGUAGCGGCCUCCCUACUUAUGUAGCAGAAACUGGUUUUAUUUGCAAUAUUAUGAAUAUAGCAGCAGAUGAAAUGUUUACAUUUCAGAAAGGCCCUGUUGAUGAAUCAGGAUGGAUCAUCAAAAAUGUUCUCUCAAUGCCAAUCGUCAACAAAAAAGAAGAAAUUGUAGGUGUUGCUACAUUUUACAACAGAAAAGAUGGGAAGCCAUUUGAUGAACAGGAUGAAACCCUAAUGGAGUCCUUAACACAGUUUCUGGGCUGGUCUGUGCUCAAUACUGAUACUUACGAUAAGAUGAAUAAACUGGAGAAUAGAAAGGACAUUGCACAGGAUAUGGUGCUUUACCAUGUACGAUGUGACCAGGAGGAACUUCAACAGCUCUUGCCAACAAGAGAGAGGCUUGGCAAAGAAGUGAACGAAUGUGAAGAGGAUGAACUGAUAGAACUUGUAAAAGAAAUGCUUCCAGACCCUGAAGAAUGUGAAAUUUACGCCUUUCACUUUUCAGAUUUUGAAUGGACUGAACUUGAUCUUGUCAAAUGUGGCAUUCAAAUGUAUUAUGAGCUUGGAGUGGUGAAAAAAUUCCAAAUUCCACAGGAGGUCCUGGUGAGGUUUGUUUUUUCAGUCAGCAAAGGUUACCGAAAGAUUACCUAUCACAACUGGCGCCAUGGCUUCAAUGUUGCGCAGACUAUGUUCACCCUCCUUAUGACAGGUAAAUUGAAGCAGUAUUAUACAGAUCUUGAAGCCUUUGCCAUGGUCACCGCAGCUUUGUGUCAUGAUAUUGACCACCGAGGAACCAACAAUCUUUAUCAGAUGAAGUAG